GAAUGAACCAGAGGACUGGUAAUUAAUACAUAGAAGACUGACAUCUUGCGGCAUAUCCAUUUUUGUGCACAUACAACCGAACAUUGCGGCACUCUCCGAAGCUGAACCUCUUCAGACUCGGGCCCGCUCCUUAGGAAGGGAGCAGAGUUCUGAGGCAGAGGUACACAAUUUGCCUAACGGAUUUAGAUCGCGCAUAGCAAAAGUAGUCAUCCUUGCAUAGACAAAGUCAGGAGGUUUCUUUCGACAUUACGCGAGGAAAAUGCAGCGCGUUUCUUCAAGGAUACUGCACGGGCUCGCCGGAUGUCGGGGCCGGGGAAGCACAUUCGCAAAAUGGAGUACCCUCUUGAGGCAAGAAGCUAGCGUGAGCGGCGUGUCGGCGCCCAGCCCCACCCAGCUGGGCCAGAUUGUCAAGCUAGAGGAGCUUAUCAAGAAAAGUGGGGAAGAGGUGGCGGACAUCUGGCUAGGGUACCACGCGGACCCCCAGGGCGGCCGAGUGGGUGGUGUCCUGAGCGCUGAGGAGUACGGCAACUUUACCAAGCGAGCCAAGGAGAGCCCCAUGUUCGUGUUGCCCCUGGCCAAGCCCGCGGGCUACGAGACGCUGCUGCUGCAGUGCCAGAUGCCGUACGUGCUGCUGACGGGGCUAGAGGAGUUCAAACGCUACGGCGAGAGCGCCCCGCCCUACCUCACCCUCACGCACUACCCGGAGCUGCUGGACUCGCACGGUGUGGUGCUGGUGCGCGGGGACGUCAUCCACGACAAGGGCAUGAACCUGGAGGAGGCCCGCACGCUGAUGCAGCUGGUCCGCGCCUUCUACUGCGGCGCGGAUGACUACCCGCUGGUGCACGACUUCAACCACAAGCCCGCCGCAUUCGACUUCGGGGCGCUGCUCAAGAAGCUGAACAUCCUGGCGUAGGAGGGGGGUGGGGCGUGGGGGAGGAGGGGUAUAGGAGUGUGGGAACAAAGAGGAAGAAAACGAAUCAUGUAGGGGCGUGCAGGCGGCGUUGUGGCGGCUAUAGGACAUUGACCGUGGCUUCAGGAAGACCGGAAGAGGACGGCGUCCAACGACCGAAGGGUGGGCGGGAACGUGCAAGGAAGGGAACAACGAGGAGUAAAAAGGAGGAGGAAGAUGACAGCGGUGGGACCCCACGCAACCUACGGUAGGGCCGUUGGGUGCUGCGCGAGGCUCGGCGUGCGUUGCCGGAGG